GCAGCGGCUUAGAUCCGCUCUCAUUAGCUGCUUCUGCUGCCGCUGUUACUACUGUUGCUCUCGCACCGGCGCUGCCCUGCCCUGCCCUGCUAAUCUGCCACUCUAUGCCAAUCUGCCAUAUUCCUCAUCGCCGCCGCCGCUGCGCUGCUGCGUCUGUCGUAGCACGCUCGAGCCGAACGCUAGUUCCGGGGUUGAGGGGCGCAGGGGCCUUUCUGCGCGCCUGUUGCUGCUCACUGCUCCCUGCCAUGGCUGCUGCUCAGUGCUCGCUGCUCACGGACCCGUGUUGUUUUGGUCUUUUUUUCGCUGCGAGCCAGCCCGCUGCCCGCCCUACGCCCACCUACAGCGGGGGCGGGGAUUUUUGCUUUUUGCGCGCAAAAGAGACGCCGUCGUCGUCGUUGUCGUCGUUACUGUUGCCAUAGCUGUCUCCCAAGUGGUGGUGUGCCCUGCCUGUAUGUACACACGCAUAGGCACGUACGUACAUACAAUACGCGACGCGACGGCCGGCAGUUGCCGUGCAUAUCUGUUGCAGCGGCAGCAGAUGGCGCGGC